AUGCGUGCCCCCUCCUGGUCCCUUGUCGCCGUCUUAGCCCUCUUCAUCGGGAACCUUACCCCGCUCGUCGCGGCGGAGAGCAGCGAAGGUGGAUCUACGACGUCCUCCCAGACUUCGUCGACCUCUGCUUCUGUUUCUAGCACGUCGCAUUCGGUUACCUCAACGCAUCCUAAUCCCUCCACCACCAACAGCCCCUCGUCGACUUCCACUCACGCGUCGAGCAAGACGUCCUCCCAGGGCCCCAAGCCGACAGUCAACACCACCACCAAGCCUGCCAGCAGCAAGUCCACCAGCAGCGCAAGCUCUACCCCGCCGGCUUCGACUUCCAGCGGAAGCUCCUCUGUAUCUAUUGGUACAGGUGUCCCGAAUAGCGUCCCGCCUGUCCCCGUCGGAUCCAACGCCUUAGGCACCGAUACAUCUGGCAGCGCUUCUGCUACCGAUUCGGGAAGCACAGACGCCCCGAACCCCAGCAACGUACCAUCCGGUUCUUUGGGUCUCCAGGCCUUUAACAAUGCACCAUGGGCCAAGUUGAGCAUUGGCAUUAGCCUCGGAGCCCUUUUGGUCGCUCUUUAA